AUGGGAGCCUUUUUGGACAAGCCGAAUACCCGGAAAUCCUCCGACUCGGGAAAGGGUAAUAAUGUUGCCUAUGGCGUCUCCAGUAUGCAAGGCUGGCGAAUGGAAAUGGAAGACGCCCAUGUAGCCAAGACCUCUCUUCCUGGGGAGCUGAAGACUUGGUGCUACUUCGGCGUCUUCGACGGUCACGCGGGCUCCCGUGUCUCGGAGUUGUGUUCCAAGUACCUUCUUGACCACAUCCUAAACACACCGAUUUUCAAGGAGCUAAUUGCUUCUACUGAGAAGCAUGGAGCCAUUGAGGAAAUAAAGGGGGGUAUCGUUGCUGGGUUCAUGGCCUUCGAUGAAUUCAUCCUCAAGGACAGCCCUCAGGAGAAAUCGGGUUCCACAUCGGUUGUAGCGUUCGUCACACCGACACACUACUUCAUUGCCAACUGUGGUGACUCCCGGGGUGUCCUCAUUAAAAGUGGCAAGGUUGCAUUCAGCACCGAGGAUCACAAACCCAUUAAUCCGAAGGAACACAGACGAAUCACUGACGCCGGUGGCCAUGUCAUCCUCUCUCGAGUCAAUGGCUCGCUUGCCGUCUCACGUGCAUUGGGCGACUUUGACUACAAGCAGAUAAAGGGCCAAUCUCCGGCCGAUCAAUUGGUCUCGCCUGAGCCCGACGUCACUGCGAUUGCACGAGUAAAAGCGGAGGACGAGAUGCUUGUGCUGGCCUGUGACGGUGUCUGGGAUGUCUUCAGCAAUGACCAACUCUGUGAGUACCUCAUCCAUCGGCUCAAGUGUUCCUGCUCCCUCUCCGAAGCCUGCGAGGAGACCAUCGAUACUGCCCUCUUCAAAGGUAGCAGAGACAAUAUGACCAUGCUGAUAGUGGGUCUAGACAGCAUGCCCACUCCGGACCCUGAGAUGACCAAACUGGACAAGGAGCUCAAUACCGCCAUCCGUGAGAUGAUCGAAAACGUCAUCGAGAUGUACAAGGACACCGACCGAUUUACCUCCUCUUCCAUCAGCAACGUGAUAGAAAAUCGAUCUCUCCCCAACUAUCCUCCCGGUGGUUUGGUCACCAAACGCGCCUUGAUCGAAAGCAUCUGCUCUAGUCACCCCGAGGUUUCGGACUGUCAGGGUGCCACUCAUACCUUCACGGCUGAGCGCUCCAGGUCCUCCGUAGUUGGUUCGGAAAGUGCUACUCAUAUCUAUGAGUAG